AUGCCUCCCCUCGCCGUCAGAGCCCUGCGCCCCCUCGCCCGUGCCGCCGUGUCUUCGCCGCGCCUGCCCGCCAGACGCGUCGCCGGAGUUAGGAUACCCCCGCUUGUCCAAUGUUUGUCGACGAUCAGUCCGCGAAACGAACCGCUGGACGUGACGGACAUUCCGCCAACCCCCAUAACCCAUCGCUCCGAGACGGAGACGCUGAUGGGCGAGACGGUGGCCAAGUUUGCCAACGAUGUCAUCUUGCCCAAGGUGCGGGAGAUGGAUGAGGCCGAGACCAUGGACCCGGCGCUGGUCGAGCAGUGCUUCGAACAGGGCCUCAUGUCCAUCGAAAUCCCGGAGGAAUACGGCGGAGCGGGCAUGAACUUCACGUCGGCCAUAGUGGCGAUUGAGGAGCUGGCACGCGUCGACCCUUCGGUCAGCGUCAUGGUCGACGUGCACAACACGCUCGUCAACACGGCCAUUCUCAAGUACGGGUCCGCCGAGACGCAGCGCAGGUGGCUUCCCAAGCUAGCGACCAACACAGUGGGAUCAUUCUGCCUGUCCGAGCCCGCGUCAGGUUCCGACGCAUUUGCGCUGGCGACCAAAGCGGUGCGCACCGAUUCCGGGUACCGGAUCAGCGGGAGCAAGAUGUGGAUCACAAACAGCAUGGAAGCAGGUUUCUUCAUUGUGUUUGCCAACCUUGAUCCCAGCAAGGGGUACAAGGGCAUCACGGCAUUUAUCGUGGAAAAGGGCACGCCGGGCUUCUCGAUAGCGAAGAAGGAGAAGAAGCUAGGCAUCCGGGCCAGCAGCACAUGCGUCGUCAACUUUGACGACGUCGAGAUCCCGAAAGACCAUCUUCUAGGCGAGGAAGGCCAAGGCUACAAGUACGCCAUCGGCCUGCUGAACGAAGGCCGCAUCGGCAUCGCGGCCCAGAUGACGGGCUUGGCGCUGGGCGCGUGGGAGAACGCCGCCGGCUACGUGUGGAACGAGCGCAAGCAAUUCGGCCAGCUCAUCGGCUCCUUCCAAGGCAUGCAACACCAACUAGCGCAAGCGUACACGGACAUUUCCGCCGCGCGCGCUCUCGUCUACAACGCCGCGCGCAAAAAGGAGGCCGGUGAGGAUUUUGUCCGCGACGCCGCCAUGGCGAAACUGCUGGCUGCGCAGGUGGCGGGCCGCGUCUCAGGCCAGGCCGUCGAGUGGAUGGGUGGCAUGGGCUUUGUGCGUGAGGGUUUGGCCGAGAAGUAUUGGCGGGAUAGCAAGAUUGGCGCCAUCUACGAGGGGACUAGCAAUAUCCAGUUGACGACGAUUGCCAAGGGCUUGCAGAAGGAGUAUACGCGGUAG